CGGAGCACUAGCUUCACUGAAAAGGAUCUGAAAGAGGCCAAGGCGCGGAGCCAGCAGAUCGCAGCCCAGCUGACCACCCCUCCCAGCUCCAACUCCCGUGGCGUCCAGCUCUUCAACAGGCGCCGGCAGAGGGUGAACGAGUUCACCUUGGAGGGUCACGGCCAGAGAGGCCAGCAACCCAAUCAGGAGUGCCUCAGUGUGCUCCCUGCUAGCCCCACAGGCCAUGCCCCCGAGUUCUGCCUGAGUUCCACGUCAUUCCCUGAGCCAGGCCUUCCAAGGAACCCCAGACCCCAGAGCCCUGGCACAGGGAUCCCAGACCAAAGCAUGGAGGGGUACUCAGAUGAGACCAGCUUGCUGCGGCACCUGGAGAAGGUGGCCAGUGAGGAAGACGAGGUGCCACUCGUAGUUUAUUUGAAGGAGAAUGCAGCCCUGUUGACGGCCAAUGGGCUUCACCUGUCCCAGAACCGCGAGGCCCAGCAGUCACCACCGACCCCGCCUCUGGCUGAAGACCACCCUCCAGCUGCAGAUGUCAACCAAAACCUUUCUUCGCCCAGUGCCACCCUCACGACACCAGCUUCUAACAGCAAUCAUAGCCCACCAUCCACAGAUGUCAACCAGAACCCACCGGCGACUGUCAUUCCCCAGAACCUGGUGCUUUCUAGCACCCAACAGAAUUCUUCUGAGGAACAGUCAAAUGGCACAGUGCCAGAUUCCAAACCCAGCACCCUGGGUGCUGGCAAGCCACCCCAGGUGCUGGCUUCAGAAAUGAAAUCCAGCAUACUCCUAAUUGAUAAGGUGUCAAGUCCACCUUCUGCCACCAACACCUUCUCCCGGGAAGCCACUCCCAUUCCCAGCUCAGAGACCUCCACCCCAGAGCUCAGGUCCAGUUCCCUGCUCAUCGAUAUUCAGUCCAGCUCCCCAGUGGUGUCAGCAGAACAAGAGAUGCCUGGGCAGGCAGUCGCCACCACACCUACCAAGCAGUAUAAUGAGGUGCACCUCACACUGGCCAAGUCCCCAUCAGUGGUCAACAGAACGGCCAGGCCCUUUGGGAUCCAGGGACCAGGGGAUCCCAGCCAGAUGGAACGAAGCCCCAUGGUAGAGAGACGACAUUUUGGGGGAAAGGCCCCAGCCUCCCAGCCCUCCAACAUUGCAGACAGAAGCCCCCGGCCACAGAGACACAUGGUGUCCCACAGCCCCAUGAUGGAGAGGCGACCCUUGGUGCAACGAAGCCCGGCUUUGGAGAGACGACCCUUUGGGAACUUCACCCCACCCCCCACCUAUGCUGAGACUUUGUCCACGGCCCCCCUGGCUUCUUCCCGGGUUAGGUCUCCCCCAUCUUAUUCUGCCCUAUACCCAAGCUCUGACACUAAGCCUUCCCAUCUGAAGGGACAGACAGGUCCCACCAGCAAGACGGGCAUUUUAGAAGAGUCAAUGGUUCGCAGAGGCAGCCGGAAAUCCAUGUUCACCUUUGUGGAGAAACCCAAGGUGACCCCGAAUCCAGACCUGCUGGAUCUGGUGCAGACAGCUGAUGAGAAGCGGAGGCAGAGGGACCAGGGGGAGGCAGGUGUAGAGGAGGAACCCUUUGCUCUGGGGGCCGAGGCCUCCAACUUCCAGCAGGAGCCUGUGCCCCGGGACAGGGCAAGCCCGGCAGCAGCCGAGGAGGCCCUCCCAGAGUGGGCUUCGUGCCUCAAGUCACCCCGCAUCCAGGCCAAGCCAAAGCCCAAACCCAACCAGAACCUCUCGGAAGCCUCUGGGAAGGGGGCUGAGCUCUAUGCCCGCCGGCAGUCCCGGAUGGAGAAGUUCGUUGUUGAGUCUUCUGGCCAUGCCGAGUUGGCCCGUUGCCCUUCACCCACUAUGUCCCUGCCUUCAUCCUGGAAAUACUCCACUAAUGCCCCUGGGAGCCUCCGAGUGGCCUCCCGCAGCCCUGCCCGAACCCCACCUGCCUCCCUUUACCAUGGCUACUUACCUGAGAAUGGGGUCCUGCGUCCAGAGCCCACCAGGCAGCCACAGUACCAGAUGCGGCCCUCGCUGUAUGUCCUCUCACCUAUCAAGGAACCUGCCAAGGCCUCACCCAGAGCUGCCUCACCUGCCAAGCCAAGCUCCCUGGACCUGGUGCCCAACCUGCCCAAGGGGACCCUACCAUCAUCUCCUGCACUGCCUCGGCCCUCACACCACUCACCGGGCCUCUACACCUCACCUGGCCAGGAUGGCCUCCAGCCCACUGCUGUGAGUCCCACUUACAGUAGUGAUAUCUCCCCCGUGUCUCCCUCCAGGGCGUGGUCUCCUCGAGCUAAGCAGGCCCCGAGGCCCUCCUUCUCCACUCGGAACGCCGGGAUCGAGGCUCAGGACCGCCGCGAGAGUUUGCCCACCUCCCCGCCCUGGACGCCUAGUGCGUCCCGGCCCCCCAGCAGCCUGGAUGGCUGGGUGAGCCCGGGGCCGUGGGAGCCCAGCCAAGGGAGCCGCAUGAGUAGCCCCCCGCCAUUGCCACCGCCGCCGCCCAUGUCCCCCUCGUGGAGCGAGCGCUCUGUAUCCCCGUUGCGUUCCGAGCCCGAAGCACGGCCACCCAGUCGCCAGCUGCAGGCGCUUCUGGCGCGAAACAUCAUCAACGCGGCCCGGCGCAAGAGCGCCUCCCCGCGGCCCGCGGGCUCCGAGAGCUUACGGCCCUUCUCUCCGCCCCGACUGCCACCCCCGCCCCCGCCCCCGCCGCCACGCAUGCGCUCGCCGCAGCCCGCCCGCCUUGGCCCGGUUGUGGCUCCUGGAGCCACAUUCGCCCCGAUCCCGAGGAGCCAGCUGCCUGCUGGGCUCUCACCUUGCGCCAGCCCCCGGAGCCCAUUGCCAGCGCCACCCAGGCCCUUCCCCUACCGCCGUUCGCCCACGGACUCCGACAUGUCCCUCGACUCCGAGGACUCUGGAGCCAAGUCUCCAGGCAUCCUCGGCUACAACAUCUGCCCCCGUGGGUGGAACGGCAGCCUGAGGCUCAAGCGUGGCAGCCUCCCUGCCGAAGCCUCUUGCACCACAUAA